AUGGCGGCGGGCGCCGCUGCCCUCAACUGGAGGCGCGUCUCUUCCUUCACGGGGCCGGUGCCCCGAGCUCGGCACGGGCAUCGCGCCGUGGCCAUCCGCGAGCUGGUCAUCAUCUUCGGGGGCGGCAACGAGGGCAUCGCGGACGAGCUGCAUGUGUAUAAUACCGCUACCAACCAGUGGUUUCUUCCUGCUGUUAGAGGAGAUAUUCCACCAGGCUGUGCAGCCCAUGGAUUUGUCUGUGAUGGUACCAGGAUACUUGUAUUCGGUGGUAUGGUUGAAUAUGGAAGAUAUAGCAAUGACUUGUAUGAAUUACAGGCGAGUCGAUGGCUAUGGAAGAAAGUGAAACCUCAGCAUCCAUCGGCUGGCAUGCCGCCUUGCCCUCGCCUUGGCCACAGCUUUUCUCUGUAUGGCAAUAAGUGUUACUUGUUUGGUGGACUGGCGAAUGAGAGUGAAGAUUCAAACAAUAACAUUCCCAGAUACCUGAAUGACUUCUACGAACUGGAGCUUCAGCAUGGCUCAGGAGUCAUGGGCUGGAGCAUUCCGGUGACCAAAGGGGUGAUGCCUUCUCCCCGAGAAUCUCACACAGCCGUUAUAUACAGCAGAAAAGACUCUGGAAAUCCAAAGAUGUUUAUUUUUGGAGGAAUGUCUGGCUGUCGACUAAAUGACCUCUGGGAGCUUGAUAUAGAAACAAUGACUUGGUCGAAACCAGAAACUAAAGGGACAGUGCCACUUCCCCGUAGUCUCCAUACAGCCAAUGUAAUAGGAAACAAAAUGUACAUUUUUGGUGGGUGGGUCCCACAGAGCACAGAAGAUAAUGUAUCUUCUCAAGAUGGUGAAUGGAAAUGCACUGGCUCGUUUUCCUACCUAAAUCUAGAUACCACAGAAUGGGUAUGUCUAAUUUCCGACUGUCAAGAAGACAAAAAUAACUUGCUGCCAGGCCCAAGAGCUGGCCACUGUGCUGUCAUCAUUGGCACCCGCCUGUAUAUAUGGAGUGGCAGAGAUGGUUACCGCAAGGCCUGGAACAAUCAAGUGUGCUGCAAAGAUCUUUGGUAUCUAGACACUGAGAAGCCACCUGCACCAUCACAGGUACAGCUGAUCAGAGCAACUACCAAUUCCUUUCAAGUGAAAUGGGAUGAAGUUCCUACCGUUGAAGGGUAUCUUCUUCAGUUAAGUUCUGAUAUGCCAACACCUGCGGUGGCUGAAAUACCUCUUACUGUGGUACCUGAGACACCAAGUGCACAAGGAAUCAAGCUGGAUCUUCGCAGCCAAACUGUCAAUACAGUCCCUAAUAAUGUGCAGAUUUCCGUUUCAGAAACUAAAGUAAAGGUCAUGGAACCUGAAAAUGCAAAGAAAAAUCAUUUAAUUUCCAAAGAGUCCUUUGCCUCUUUAUGUCUACCUGCUAGCACUUUAGGUCCUCAGAUCUCAGCAAAUGUAAAUGAACUACUUGACUUUGACACAAGAGCUACAAAAUCUGACCCUUCUGUCUCCACUGCACAAAAGAUGGUAACCCAGCAGGCUGUUAAAACUGAGUCCUCCAGUACAAAUGGGGCAGUUGUAAAAGAUGACACUUCACUAACAACAAUCAGUUCAAAACCUGAAGUUAAUGAGACCACGAUGCCCUCAGCUAGAGUUGCCUCUAUUGGCUCAGAUGAGUCAUCUAUACAGUUGCCUAAAACUUCACCUCCAAGGCAAAACGCAAGAGUGAGAGCACGAGAACGAAAAUGGUAUGAUGUUGGCAUUUUUCAGAGCAACAGUGCUUUGGUGAACCAGUUCUAUUUGCUGCCAGAAGAAAAGGCUAUACUUUCUAGCAAGGCAAAGAAUGCAGAUGUUCCAAACUAUAGUUUACUUAAGAAACAGGAUCUUGCUCCCGGCACUUUAUACAGGUUCAGGGUUGCGGCAAUUAAUGGUUGUGGCAUAGGUCCCUUCAGUAAAAUCAGUGAAUUUAAGACCUGCAUCCCUGGGUUUCCUGGAGCACCUUCUAUUGUCAAAAUUAGUAAGAGUUCAGAUUGUAUUCACCUUUCGUGGGAGCCUCCUGUUUCACCUUCAGGAAAUAUCCUGGAAUAUUCUGCCUAUUUGGCUAUCAGAACCAACCAACUCCAUGAAAAUCCCAAUCAGCUGAUGUUUAUGAAAAUUUAUUGUGGUCUUAAGACCUCUUGUACAGUGUCUGCUGCCCAGCUUGCAAAUGCUCAUGUCGAUCAUUCGUCCAAACCUGCCAUAGUGUUCAGGAUCUCAGCCAAGAAUGAGCGGGGAUAUGGACCAGCCACGCAAGUUCGAUGGCUCCAAGAAACAAAAACAUCAGGUUCAAAAUAGGAGCAGCAUGCAAGUUGGGAAGUAGCAGUUUUCAUGCAUGAUACUUUGUAAAUCCUCCAAAUAUUUUAUUUUUACAUUGUCUUGAACGUCUCAACAUCAACGUUGUACAGUCUUGCAAAAGUGGAAUUGUACUGACUCUGUUUUUCAUACCACUUUAUCCAGCAUGUUCCUGAUGAGAGUCCUUGGUGGAUUAUCCAGUGGGCUACAUAUGCCUUUAAAGAUUUGGGGAGAGUCUUCCUUUCAGUGCCCCAGCACAUGGGACAUAGGGUGCCAACUACAUUUAAAACUUGCCUGUGUUUCUAAAAAGCAGGUUUGUAAUGUGGUUAUGGCAGUUAUUUAAAGGGAAAUUCAUGGGGGCAUAGAAUGUCUCAGCUGUUACCGCUUUCCUGUUAAGCGAAUCUCGAGGCUAACUCAGGGCAGCUUAAAAGUGUAGUUUGGAGCUUCUGUUUGGAGAGCUGCUCAGAGACUUUCCAGAAAUGUUGGUUGGUUGCAUGCACAGCCCUAUGGAUCAAGGCCCAUGGAGCUGUUGCUGAGCAAGUUGUUUGAAGACUGCAGUAAUGAUAUGGCAUUUAGAGAUGCUGCAAGCAAAUUCUUUGAUUUUCAAACUUUUUUCACAAUGAUUGCCUUCCUUUUGUGCUUAACGAUAAUUGGAUGAUGGUUUUACAGUUGUAGCCAUUUUUGAUAAAUUAGUUUUGUUCCCCAUUUUGCUAGUUUGUUGUAGCGCAGAGUGAAUGGGUUUCCUUCAUGGCUGUCUGGCCCAAUUCACUCCUAUGGGGAGGGGCCGGGGCUCAGUUGCAGAGCAUCUGCUUGGCAUGUAGAAGGUCAUAAAUCCACUCCCUGGCAUCUCCAGUUAAAGAAAUUGGCAGUAUAAGUGAUAUGAAAGAUCGCUGCCGGAGACCCUGGAGAGCCACUGCCAGUCUGAGUAGUCAGUACUGAUUGGAUGGACCAAUGGUCUGAUUCAGUAUAAGGCAGCUUCAUAUGUCCUUAUGUAUUAGAAACCAUGAGAAGAAGUUAAUAAGUUUGACAAGUUGUAUCGAGAAUGCUUGUUUAACCUGCUCAUAAACAGGUGUUUGAUUUUUUUCCCCAUACAUUUUAACAUUUGCUGAUAGGAGUGGUUGGGUGGAAACACACAUGGAAGUGAAAACCAUUGUGUGGGGAAAGUCUCUGAAGAGCUUUUAGCAGUGGUCCCUGCCUUGAUGCAGCAGAACUCUUGCAUCUAAACAAGGACCAGUAGAUGGUUUAGUUAAGAUGGCGUUAAAGAGGGAGCUGCUGCUUCUGAAGGGCAUUGCAAUCAACUUUUUAAAUCUGCCUAUCGUACUUGGCUUGACAACAGGGCUUGAGAUAGACCCUGCCUGUUAUCAGUUGCAGCGAUGUGAUGCCAUAGGGAGCAGGACUUCCAGCAGACCCUGACCAACUAGUCAGGCCCAGCAGUGUCACGUGCCUGGGCAGAGCCCUGAAGAUUUGGACGCUACACCGAAUGCUAUUGGCAAGAUGUAGGAGAUCAUGAAUGAGCAAAACUAGCUCACUCCAGUCUUGAUCUUUAUGCAGUUCUGUUCUUUUUUUGGUGUAUAUCCCCUAUUCUUCACGUUGCUUUCAUGCAAGGCAAAUAUUUUAGUUUACAGUAACUUAAAAUGUAUAGAAUAUUUUAAUAUAUUCAUUUUUUGUAAAGAUUUUUCUAGAAUUUGUAAACACGUUCUAAUCCUUGAAAGUAUCCCCUGAUGAUAUGCAAAUUGCUAAACUAGUCACUUCGGUUAUAAAAAGGAAACUCAGUGUAAAAUGCACUACUAUGGCUUUCUUGUGGGCAUAGAAAUGUUAAUUCUGUAGAUACUUUGAAUGUUUACAAGAGUCUUUACAAGCAGAACGUCCUGCAUAAUGAGUGCUUCAUUUUUAAAAAAAGAAGAAAACUGUAUGCUUUUGUUGGCAUAUUCAUGCUAUUUUGCACUAAUAAGAAUUUAACUUUGUACCAUUUUGUGUUGCUUCCAGAAAAUUUUUGUAGUAAUCUAAAGUUAAAAGCAAUUUUGCACAUACAACAUGCUUUUAUGGCAUACAUUUUUCUUUUCCCAUUAAGCUGCAUACAGACAUACAUAUCUUGAUCAGUGAGCCUACUGUGGAUCUCUGGUCUUAUUCUGUUUGUGACAGAUGCACAAAUUUUUAGACUGAAUUGAGCUCCGACGCCAACUACACGCAGUGUUCAUUGGCUGGUUCUUGUGACAAUCAUGAAUCCAUCCCCCCCUCCCUUGGAUGUGCAAGAUGCUGUUUGCCUGGUAGUUCUCACUACAUACGGCAUCCACAAUGUUUCAGGUUUAAAAAAAAAUGACAAGGUUUUUAAAAAAUUAUUAAAAAGAUCCAUAAAUAAUAAAAAAAUAUAAUAAAAAAUCCAUAAGCAUUUUAAUAAAAAUGCUGGGCACCUGAAAAAAAUUUAAAUGAAAAUUGCCUAUUGCACUGGAGGGAAGGGGCUGGGAUGAAAGUCCAGGCUGGAGCCAGGCUUUUGUGGCAGUAGAGGAGCAGAGCUAGCAGGGGAAGCAGAGCUUUCUGCAGAAGGGGAAAACUUGGAAUUAUUCCUAUAGGGAGGUAUGUCUGUAUGCAUCAUCUGCUUUCUCAGUUGUUUAGUUUUAGCUUAGUUUUUCAUCCUAAUAGUGGUAGUGAAUAUUUUUAACCUAAUCAUUUUAUCACUAAUGUGCCAGCCACUUCACUAUUUUUUUCCUGCUCAGCAGUAGAGGAAAACUGUCUAUGUAUGGUAAAACAGACACCCAGCCUGUGUUGACAUAUGAUGGUAUAUACAGAUAAUGCAUGGUUUCCUCAUACCAAGGCAGUGAAAGUGGUGUAUUAUGAAGUGGCCCUUAGAAGGAAUGUUAGUCUAUUCCUAAACCCACAAGUGUACUAAAUAAAGGCAUUUGGACGCCUUUUAUAUUUAAGUAGUUAACCAAAUUAUAGAGUAAAAUGGCUGAAUGAUUGCUUGCCAGUACAAUAGGAAAAGAUAACUUAAAGGUCCAAUCCAGCAGGGACACUGUUUGUAAACAGCUAUAAUCUUAUGUUCCUUUGAGUGGGACUCGUAGAGGUUCCUGUGGGUUGGACCUUUUUGCAUCUGAAUAAAAUGAAACCUGGUUAGGUGCAUAUGUGCAAUAAAGUAAAUAUUUUGCACUUCAUUUUUCCAUCAAUGCCUAAUAAGUUAAGAUGGGAAUUUCUUGAUCUGCACGAUCAAUUUUAAAGUGGAUUAUGGUAAUGUUAGUGCUUUACAAUCAUUCCUUGCUCACCUUUUCCUGAUUGCUUUGAGGGGAGCUACUUGUACUCAAUUUUUACAGGGAGGAACUUGGAAUGAGGAGGAUUUGAUCUCAGUUCCCUUAGGCUCAUCUCCAACCCUGACUAAUAUGGUGGAGAAGGGAUUCAAAUGACUGCCAAAAAGAGAUUCAACAAAGCAGAGUUGUGGCUAACCCUUGUACAUUAGAAUCCAAGUUCACAAAGGAAAAGAUAUGCAGCCUUCCAUACUCAGCACAGUAUGUAAUGCCAUGAGGGGAAAAUGGAACCCCUUCUUUUUAAAGCCGUGUUGAAUGGAUAGUAAUAAGUAUCUUCUCUGUUGCUUAUCCCUUAAGAAUUAAAAAAGAAAUUACAUUAGUUGAGAUGGCAGUAUAUUUUGGUGAAGCUUGGUGAAUUUUGUGUAUAUUAAGCCCGAAAUUCCAGGCCUCCCUUUUAACUGCAGCACCAGAUCUGUUUUGUCAGGGGACUGUCACUUCACGUUUACUUGCUCUGAGAUGGAUUUUUGGGCUCCUGUUAGAAAAAAGGGAGUUUAGGUAUACAGCAUAAAUAGCUGAGGGUUUUCUUUCCUUUUCUUCUAGAUAGGUCACGUAGAGUGAAACUGACUUCUUCAGUUGACACAUUUAUACCCUUCCCAGAUGCAUAUGUUUAAUAUCCAUGUCUGAAAAGUCUGUGAAAGAUUCUGGUUGCUUUUUACAAUUAAAAAUCAUACAAGCUACCAUGAAUACAGAGUAGUCAUUCUUGCUAGCACUGUGAAAUAGAUGCUGAGAAAAUGUCUACGGCUGUGGUCUUCAAAACAGGAGGAAGGCCUUCUUGAUGAGGUGCUUGAGGUUGCCAGAAAUGUGCCAGUUCUUCCCUGAAUUGUCAUAGACAAGCAAUGUGCUUCCUUCCACCUUGGUAUAUCACGCAUUACUUCCAGCUCCAGAGUGGAUCCAAGCCAGCAGCUAUGGGGGUGGUCAAAUACCUUUUUACAUACUGAGGGGAAGCUCAAACAAGUGUCUUUUUUAACUUCUGGAGUUCAGGUGGCGUGCUCUGACAAAAUGUGAGGCUCGUUCUCUGAUUACUUGGCUACUAAUAACUUUGAUUGUAGAUACAUUACUUAACAAUAUAAUCUGUUGGGUAUAUUUGUGAGUAUUUUUGCACUUUGUGUUCAUAUAUUUCUGCACUUGUUUUUAAGGGUAUGUCAUGACUACCAAAGGUAAAAUUUGUGGUGUUGUUAAUGCAGACAUGACUUUCAAUGUAUAUGUGCUUCUGCCAGUAGGCUAUAUAUUAUUUGUCCAUGUCUAUAGUUCCCUCCUUCCCAUAUGCACAUACAUACACAUGCAUCAAAUUAGUAAUAUGCAUACAAGUUUUUCUGUAACUUCCCUCUUAGUGUGACAAGACAUUGUAUAACUUUUUUGUAGCUGCUUCUCUGAUAAACACUUAAGAAAUUUAUAAUUCUCAUUUCAAAUACUAAAUUUAAAGUCAAUUCUGUUUAAACAUAAGCUUCUAAUCAGUGAUAGUUUAAUAUCUGACCCACUGGACAUUCACUGAAAAUCUAAAUUUGAGGAAUUGGUGAAAGCUGUCUUUUUUGCCUUUGUAAAAAUGUGUGUAACAUCCUGUGUAAAUCUGACUCCAUCCUGUAGAAACUUCAAGGAAUAAUAGACUUGGUAUGAAAGGUAUAAGUAGAAAAGUCCAUGCUAUUUAUGACAUUCUGCAUCAAUUUAACUUGUUUUGUGACAAUGGGUAUCUAGCUAUGUGAACAAGAAACUGUUAUGUAUGAAUUAUAGCAAUAUCUGACCAUAGUUUUGAAGUAGAGCAAGCUAUAGACUUUAACAAAAAACACCAUAGUUAACUGGAAUGUAGAGAUGGGUCAAUCCAGCUAGUUAUUGUCUUCAGGCCUCAAACAGAAAUGGUCUCUACAAAGAAAUCUAAUAUUUUGUACAAUGAAAUAAAAGUAGCAUUGUUAUUUGUAAUAAAGUGAUUUGUCUUAA